GUUAACCAUCAAGCAGUUUACAUCGAUUAUCCUACAGCGAGAUCUUAUUCUAUUGUAUCAUCGAUCUUGAAUUACAGAACGAUAACAAAAGAAGCUAAACAAAAGACAUGAAUAUCAAGUUAAUUCUGAUUUGCACGAUCCUCGUUCUAUUCACAUUUGUUGACAUUGGAGAUGGAAAAUUAAGCAGAGGCGGAGGAUGGGGAACUCUGCUUCGUUCGAGGUCAUCGCCGCGUUCUCGGUCCUCUCAAUCAUCCUCCAACAGACGUCAACAACAUAAUCAAGGUGGAGGUUCGACCCCGGAUAAAAUAGGAUGGAACGUGCCGGAUAAGAAACCAAGUGGGACCAAUACCGCACCUAAGCCGUCUGCUCCUGUACUUGAACACAGCGCUAAAACCAGUGCAACGAACGUACAGUCUGGAUACAACCCUUCAGCUGGACAUGGCUAUAAUCCCUCAGUUGGACAAGGUCAUAAUCCUUCAAUUGGACAAGGUUAUAACUCUCCAGUUGGACAAGGUUACAAUCCUUCGAUUGGACAAAGUUACAAUCCUUCCAUUGGACAUGGUUACAAUCCUUCAGUUGGACAUGGUUACAAUCCUUCAGUUGGACAAGGUUACCAUCCUCCAGUUGGGCAAAGUUAUAAUCCUGCAGCCGGACAAGGGUACUACCCUUCACAAGGACAUGGCUAUAGUCCAUUAGGACAUGCACCUUCCCCAGGCUUUGGACAGCCAUCGUAUAGUCCCUCCUUCGGGCAGGCCCCUAGUCCAGGUACAAUUUUCGUACAGCAGGCGCAAAAACCUGGUCUCGGACAACUAGCAAAAGAAGCGUUCGUCUUUGCCGGUGUAAGUGCUGGAGUAAAUGCAGCUGUAUCUAGAUUACUACCAGGAGGAAUUUAUGGUACCAGAGGUAGUGGUGGAGGUGGUGGUGGUUCUCAUACCGAAAUUACUUAUAAUAAUUACUACAACAAUGGAACCGCCCCAGCACCAGCACCAGCACCAGCAUCAAGCUCUGACCAAUCGGCAGCUGUACCUGCGGUACAACCAUUAGCUGGAUCGGUUACUCAACCUCCAGCAGCUCCAGCAGCGGCUCAACCUGCUGCUGAAACACCACAAACUUCGCAGAAUAAUGCCGGUACCAACAGUGCAUCAUCGAAUAACGCUAACUCUCAAACAUCAGGACAGAACAAUGCUAAUCCUCAUGGAUUCAUCAUUUCCGAUGCCGAUAUCAAAAAGCUAACCGAGAGUUUAUUCGAGAAAGAAAAGAACAGUGCACUCCAGUACAUAACGAUAAAUCUGCAAGGCCAGAAGAAGGAUGAGAGCACUAACGACGACGCUACCGAACCGUUGCUGACUGUAAAAGACGAAGCUUAUGAGAUUCCAACUGUAAAAGCCAUGCUACCCUUAUACGAUAACUAUGAGCUGGAUGUUAAAACACCUGAGAUAGUCACGGCAGACGAGCGUAAAGAGGAAAUGGAAUUGCUGGAUAAAAUUUUUGAAACGGAUGUAAUAAAAACGACAAUGAAAUUCUUAGCUGAUAGAUCAGGAUUCAUCCCAGACGAUGAAUACGAGUUUAGAGAUACCAUGAAGCGUUUAUGGUUCUCACAGUUUAAACGUAUCGACGGAGGUGCAUCAAGUUCUGGUUUCGAAACCGUGUUCCUGGCUGAACAGUUUGACUCAGAUAUAAUUGGUCUACACAAUUGGAUUUACUACGCAAAACAAGAAGCAGAGAAGAAACUUAAUUAUCUCGGAUAUAUUAAGGAAGUCAAACUGGGUGAUAAAGGAGCAAUUUUAAAAGUACGUUCAUCGUUAAAUGGAAUAGUGCAACCCGUGACAACUCUUUUUGUUGGUACAUCACCAGAAUUGGAGUUCGCUUUGUACACUAUGUGCUUCUUUGUUCGACCUAACAAUCUCUGCCCCGUUUCCUUGGGAGGAACCGAGUUUUCAAUUUUCGUGAGCGGAAUCAAUUACUUUGGAAAAGAUAUCUUAAUUUCGGGAUAUCCCGAUAUUUAAUUUCAUUUUUAGAAUCUAAAUUUUGACAUAGUAAUAUUUAAUGUAUUUU